CUGUGAGGUCUCCGUUCCUCCCCUCCCGAGGGUGAAGUGGUGUCAGACUGGAGGCUGGACCAUCAUGGCGGCCGUCAUGAGGCUUGUCAACAGAAGCACUUUAGGUCCAGCAAUGGGUCAGCAAUAUCUGGCGUUGAGCUCCUCAGCAAAGAUCAAAGCAGCUGGCGUAAGAGCAGGUCAAGCUCUUCCAGAAAAGGUGAAAAUAGUGGAAGUGGGACCCAGAGAUGGCCUUCAGAAUGAAAAGACUAUCGUACCAACAGAGACAAAAAUUAAUUUGAUCGACAUGUUGUCAGUGUCAGGGCUGCCAGUCAUUGAGGCCACCAGCUUUGUGUCUCCGAAAUGGGUUCCACAGAUGGCAGACCAGGUGGAGGUGAUGAAGGGGAUCUGUAGGAAACCUGGAGUGUCUUACCCAGUCCUCACCCCCAACCUCAAGGGUUUCCGGGCUGCUGUGAAGGCAGGAGCUUCAGAGGUAGCCAUAUUUGGUGCUGCAUCUGAGCUGUUCAGUAAGAAGAACAUAAACUGCUCAGUGGAUGAGAGUUUACAGCGCUUUGACGAGGUUAUGAAAGCAGCUAAAGAGGCUGGUGUGCCAGUUAGAGGUUACGUGUCAUGUGUUCUUGGAUGUCCGUAUGAAGGCAAGGUGGCACCUGACAAAGUUGCACAUGUGAGUUCUCACUUACUUGUUACUUGUUUACAUUACGUAAAAUGGCAGAAAUCUAUUUAUCAUCCUUUGACAAAAAGACAUAAACACAACAUAAACACUGUCACUCAUGCAACCAGCUCUAGCUUUGUCUCCAUCUUGCAGGUAGCUAAGCGUCUGUACUCCAUGGGCUGCUAUGAGAUCUCUCUUGGUGACACUAUUGGAGUGGGGACUCCAGGUAGCAUGAGUGAAAUGCUGGAGGCAGUGAGCAGAGAGGUGCCAGUGAAUGCCUUGGCAGUGCACUGCCACGAUACCUAUGGCCAGGCCCUGGCUAACAUCCUUGUAGCCUUACAGAUGGGAAUCAGUGUGGUAGACUCGUCAGUAGCUGGACUGGGUGGCUGUCCCUAUGCACAGGGGGCUUCUGGGAAUGUUGCUACUGAAGAUGUAGUCUAUAUGCUGCACGGACUUGGGAUUCAAACAGGAGUGGACCUCUCAAAGCUAAUGGAUGCUGGCUCUUUCAUCUGUCGAACCCUCAACAGAAAGACAAACUCCAAAGUGGCCCAGGCCUCCUGCAAACUGUAGACAGAAACCAAACCGCGGGCUCUCUCACAGACACACUGCAGCGUAAUCAUGUAACCUAGAGCCAUCAUCUUCUGUAUGUUCAGUUCUCCCCAUUUUAAUUUGUUUCAUUUAACCUAUACCGGUAUGAGAAUAUUACUUUAAUAUUUGGAUGGUACUGACCUCUCCCUCUGUUUAGGAUCAAAUAUCUAAUUAGAUACUCACUACAUGAUAGCAUAGCUGGAACAGUGCCUUUUCUAAAGACAGUCUAAUUAUACAGAUCCUACCUAUCAAAAGCCAUACCUUCACCUGUUUCGUAAUAGUGUGCUUACAUUACUUUCUGAGCAGCAGGAAAGCCAAAGUAAAGCACAGACUUUGUUUCUAAUAAUAAAUUAACCAGUAAAAAUGUCCUAGGGAUGGAUAAACUCACUGUUGAUGUCAGAAAAGACAGAAUUGUUGUUUUGACUUCUGUCAUCCUCUGUAUGCAGUGAUCACUGUCUUCAAAUGAAUUAUCUAUAUAAUGGGAGCAUCUAUGGAAACUGUCAGUCUUUAUGAACUUGGGCAUUGUACUGGCUUGUGAAAAAAUGUCUGUGCUGUAUUCCACUGAUUUUUAACAUUGAUUGUUAUUUUUUAAUGUGUAGGAUUUCUAGUUUUACUUUAAUAUGUGUAUUUAUUUUAGAAUGCCUUUCUUCACAUUCAGUGUGUACAUACCCAACCAGAUUGUGAGUUUUAAAAAUAAACACUAUUUAAUUAA